AUGGAAUCUAGCAAAGUCACUGAGUUGACAAUAAAAAUGAACGGUGAUUCCCAGGAGAAACUGCUAAAGCUGAUGGGUGAAGAACUGGAGACUACAGAGCAAUUAUUAGACCUGAUUAAGACAUAAUUACGAUUUAAAAGGACUCCCAAUUCCAAGAUCUAUAGUCAGCAAGGCAUCUAGUUGCACGAUGAUGAUGUGCUUUAUCUGAGGGACGCAGAUACUCUUUACUAUGACUACAAAGGCAGAGACUUCGAUUCCACGCAGAUCAUAGACUAAUAUCAAAAGGAAGAGCUUCUUGGUCAGGGAGGUUUCGGUAGGGUAUAUAAAGGUAGGCAUAAAGAAACUGGGUAACUAGUGGCGCUAAAGUAUAUUGACUUGCAGGAUUAGUAAAAGAAUGCAAGUUAAAUCCAAGAUAUUGACAGAGAGGCAAACAUACUCAAAAUGCUGAAUCAUAAGAACAUCAUCAAGCUGUAUCACGCUUUUGUGGUUAAAAGUGAACUUCUUCUCAUCAUGGAGUACGCAGACGGAGGGGAGUUAAUUGAGUAUGUUGAGUAGAAGGAGGGCUUAGAAGAGGUAGAGUGCAGAUCACUGUUUAAGCAAAUGAUUUCAGCUAUCGAGGCGUGUCAUGACCAAGGUAUAAUUCACAGAGACCUCAAGCUUGAGAAUGUGUUGUUUGAAUCUAAGGCACGCUCGAGGAUAAAAAUAGUAGAUUUCGGAAUAUCUGGCAGAUGCAAAGGCCAAACAGGGGAAAGAACUGAUGCAGGCACCGUUAGAUAUAUGUCACCAGAGGUGCUGCAAGGACUAGAUACUAAAGCUAAUCCAGCCAUAGAUCUAUGGUCGCUGGGGGUGAUGCUGUACUGCAUGAAAUUCUACACGUUUCCAUUUAAUGGUGACACUCCAUAACAAGUCAAAGAUAAAAUCAUCAAUUAGCCAGUCAGAUUUGCAAAAGAUUCCCCGUCCACUGAGGAACUUAUGGAUCUCAUUAAGGGCUUGCUAAUCAAAGAUCCAACUAAGAGAUUCGACCUUUACUCGGUAAAGACUCAUAAAUGGAUCCUUCUCAGCGACUCAGCCAUCAACUUAAAAUGCGACUUGGCUAAAUAAGCAUACUAAAGGGAGCAGACAAGGCUUAAAGAGGAAGAAGAGAAGCGUAAAGAUUAAUAGAUCAUCGCUAACUUGCUGCAGUCGGUGCAUAAGAACAACAAGGAUGAUGGAAAUAGCAAUAGCAACUAUCUGAUGAUAAAUCGGAGUAAUAACUACAACGACAAUAGUCCAGAGGAAGAAAAGCAGUCGCCCUACCUAAAUCUACCUGGAGGCACAUUUCACAAUAAUCACAGAGUGGUUGGAGGCUCGCCGCAUCCAAGUAGCAGCUAUCAAUAGACCAGGAAAAUACUUAAGAAUGUAGCGCCAGAAGACAGACGUAAAUCUCAUUUAGGAACAGGUGGGAUGAUAGUUGGGAUUACCACAAAAAAUAAAAGUCAUGCUAACAGUAAAAGCAGGAAAAGUGAUGUAAGAAAAUCAUAUCAAUAUGGGAUUGAUGAUGAGAAUAAAUAAACUGCGCUUAAUGUUUCUAAUGUUUAGAAAUAGAUGCCAAGAACUAGUGUGCCCAAGAAUUCUGACAUCAGCCACAUUGUCCCAUCCUAAGGAGGCUCAGCAUAAAAAGAUCCGAAGCAUGUGUGA